AUUUUUUCCCCGUCGAAUUGCCUAACACGAGGCAACCAGGUGAUAACGACGACAGGAUCGUAGGAGGCCAGGAGACAACAAUCGAGGAACACCCGUACCAGGUCUCCUUCAUCGUCAACAACUCUUAUUUCUGUGGCGGGUUCGUCGUGAGCGAGAAUUAUAUUCUUACUGCUGCUCAUUGUGCGCAGAAUGUAGAUCCAACAACAGUGGUCCUGCGAGCCGGCAGUACUUGGCGGAAAAACGGCACAAUAAUUCCCAUAGCCGAAGUGAUACCCCACCCGGAGUACGACAAUCCUCGUUUCGACAAGGAUGUGGCGGUCAUGCGGACUGUGGACCCAAUCGAAUUUACGAACACCAUUCAGCCUAUUCCACUAACAUGGAGAGGAAGACCUAUGAUAGGCGAUACGCAGUUUGUUGUUAGUGGCUGGGGACGAACAGAGGAUGGUGCAUCAUCAAUACCAGAAAGGUUAAUGGAUGUUCAGAUUCCGGUAGUGUCCUACCCGAAAUGCAAGGCUGUAUACGCCACGGUUCUCACUCGGAACAUGUG